GCAGCCCGGGGGAGGGAUGGUGGCGCAGGAGCCGCUGACGCGUGUUUUGUGCUGACGCUUCUCAGGUGCCCAGUGUAAGCGAACGCCCAGGACCUCUGCUCUCACCCCCGCCUUCCCUCUUCCCCGCACUAACCACACAGCUUCCAUCUGGGAAAUGGAAGUCGCUUCUGACUAACUUCUCCCUUUAGGAUUCACAGAUGGAUUCACUGGAAAAGACAACACACAGAAGUGAACAAAAGUCCAGUAGAAAGUUUUUAAAAAGCCUCAUCCAGAAACAGCCGCAGGAACUGCUCCUGGUGAUCGGCACGGGCGUCAGCGCGGCCGCGGCCCCCGGCAUCCCCGCGCUCUGCUCCUGGCGGAGCUGCCUGGAGGCCGUCAUCGAGACCGCGGAGCAGCUGGACGUGCUGCACCCCGGGGACGCGGCCCAGUUCCGCAGGAAGGUGAUGAAGGACCGGGACCUGCUGGUCGUUGCCCACGAUCUGAUCCGGAAGAUGUCACCGCGGACGGGCGACACCAAGCCCAACUUCUUCCAGGACUGCCUGAUGGAGAUCUUCGACAACCUGGAGCAGCACCUCCAGCACCCGCAGGUGCUGCAGUCCAUCCUCAGCCUGAUGGACCGGGGCACCAUGGUGCUGACCACCAACUACGACAACCUGCUGGAGAUCUUCGGGCAGCAGCAGAACAGGCCCAUGGAGUCCCUGGACCUGAAGGACAAGACCAAGGUCCUCCAGUGGGCACGAGGGCACAUCAAGUACGGAGUGCUCCACAUCCACGGCCUCUACACGGACCCCUGUGGGAUGGUCCUGGACCCCUCGGGAUACAAGGACGUCACACAAGACCCGGAAGUGAUGGAGGUGUUCCAGAGCCUGUACCGCACCAGGUCCUUCCUGUUCGUGGGCUGCGGGGAGACCCUGCGCGACCAGAUCUUCCAGGCGCUCUUCCUGUACUCGGUGCCCAACAAGGUGGACCUGGAGCACUACAUGGUGGUGCUCAAGGAGAGCGAGGACCACUUCUUCAAGCACCAGGCCGACAUGCUGCUGCACGGCAUCAAGGUCGUGUCCUACGGGGCCUGCUUCGACCACUUCCCGGGGUACGUGCAGGACCUGGCCACGCAGAUCUGCCGGCAGCGGAGCCCAGAUGCCGACCGAGUGGACAGCACCACGCUGGGGAGCGGGUGCCAGGACUGCGCCAAGAGGAAGCUGGAGGAGAACGGAAUUGAAGCUUCUAAGCAGCUCCGGCCCUCAGACGAUGCUGGCGCAUCUUGAAAUCUUUAAAACCGACAAACCUGCAACUUGAAAACCAGCCUCUGUGACCACAGUGCCGUAGCGGACGAUGAGGAAUGUUCGAGGACUCACACGACCUCUCACUUCUAACCGCCAUGUACCCCACGGGAGCCCUGUGGGGUGUGGCCGCGGAGGCGGGGGGACAGUCCCACUGUGUGUCUAACUGCUCGGGGUGAAGCGCACACCUCAGGUAUCCUCCGUGAGGACUGGCGGACAACUACCUCAGGGCCUGACGGCGGGAAGGGAGGGGCCUGGUGCUCCGGGCUCCCCAACACGCCCGUGGUCAGGUGGGCUUUUUAAUAAAGGGGACAGUGGAGACUACAAGCAACAGUAGUUGCCAAAGAGAAAAGAAACUAGACUCUUAAAUUUUAUAAUUUUUAUGCGGAAACAUGUUACCAUAGAAAAAACUUUUAAGGUAUGUUUGUUACGUUGUUAAGUAAAGAACAUUCGAGGUGUUGAA